AUGAUGGUCACCUUCUUGUUCGUGUCCUACAGUAAAGAAGGCUGGUGUAUUUAUGUAAUGAGAAAUCCCAGAGAUGUUAUUACUUCCGGUUAUCAUUUCUGGAAAAUGGUAAAGAUCAUCAGAGAGCCGGAAUCAUUUGAAGAAUAUUCGGAACGGUUCCUUCAAGGAAAUGUGCUGUAUGGAUCGUGGUUUGACCAUGUUCACAAGUGGCUGCAGAUGAAAGGAAAAGAGAAUUUCCUGGUGAUACCGUAUGACGAGCUGCAACAGGACAUACAAGCUAGUGUAGAGACGCUCAGCCACUUCUUGGGCAAGAAGCUAAGCCCAGAAGAACUGAACGCAGUCCUCAAGAAUGUAUCCUUCAAGACCAUGAGAGAUAAUAAUAGCAAUUAUUCCCUAUCACCUGAUAUCUUUACGGAUCAAAGCAAAGGUUUCAUGAGAAAAGGAAUCAUUGGGGACUGGAAAAGUCACUUUACAGUGGCCCAGAGUGAAGCCUUUGAUAAAAUAUACCAGGAGAAGAUGGCUGGGCUCGCUCAAGACCUAUUCCCAUGGGAAUAAUGGCCUUAUAUUCCUGGAUCAGAUAUAAAUGCUGAAUUUCCUGAUGUUCUUGUGUUCGAGCAUGCUCCUAGGAAGCAAAUUUUAAUCCUACAAUUCAAUAUGUGGUUCAUUGAAAAUAACCAUGUUCUAAGAAUACUAUUUCAUAAUAGGUGGAAGUCAUAUAAAAUUUAAAUUUCAGUGCCAUAAA